CUCAGCGCAUGCGCAAGACAAAUUUCUGGCUCCAGCGUGGUUCUUGCUGUAGAUCAUUUGAGAAGUUGUAGUUUUUCUGAGAGAUCGGGGAAUUUGGAGAUGCUGGGCUUGUGUUCAUGGUGUGAAAUCAGAGUUUUAUGGGACAAUAUGGCGAUCAGGGUUUUUGAGAGAUCAGAUUAGAUCUGACUGCAGUUAAGAGUGAGGGUGAGGGUGAAUAGCUGGGAUGGAGCAUGCAGAAGCUCAGCUGGCUGAAGUGGAGCUGCUCCUGAGCAUGUUCCCCAGCCAGGAGGAGCUCGAGGUUGAGCCGGUAGCAUACGCCGAGCUCCGGUGUUUCGUCGAAGGGACGUCGGAGUGUCCACCAAACACCAGGCCUGAGCUCUGCGUCAAGAUCCAGACACACACUGGGGUGGAGGUAUCGCUCUCGUGCACGUAUCCGUCUCAGUAUCCAGCAGUGCUUCCCGAGAUCGUAGUCAGGUGUGGCGAGUUGAGCCGGGCGCAACACGCCUGCCUCGUCUCGGACCUGCGCUUGUACCUGUGCGAGAGCUGUUCGGGCGAGGUCUGCGUGCUGUCUGCCAUCGACUGGAUCCGGGAUCACACGAGCGAGUACCUCGUGGGGGGCGAGGACUUCGACAGGGGUGCGAGAGGAGAGGAACAUCCAAGCGCCGAGAUUUUCACCAGACUGUGGAUCUACAGCCAUCAUAUCUACAACAAGAGCAAGAGGAAGAACAUCCUGGAGUGGGCCAAAGAGUUGCAGCUGAGCGGCUUCUGCAUGCCCGGGAAGCCGGGGGUCAUGUGUGUGGAGGGUCCGCAAGCUGCCUGUGAGGAAUUCUGGUCCAGGGUGAAGGUCCUGACCUGGAAGCGCAUCAUGAUCCGUCACAGAGAGGACGUCCCACUGGACCCGGCCAAUCAGAGUGCCGAUUUGCCGCGUUGCUUUGACGGCUUCGAGGAGGCCGCCUUCGAUCCUCACGGGAACCGAGGGAACCACAUGGACCUUGGGCAGCUUUUCCAUUACCUCAGCGAGCGAGGCUGCGCCCAAAUCUUUCAGCUGUACUUUGGAGUCGAAGGGAGAUGAACGAGGACCAGUUUUGAACAAGACACUUUUUUAGGUUUUAUUGAAUAAAUAAUUCUGUAUAAACCAUC